AUGUCGUCGGUUUCUCGUCGGGCGUGCUACAAGUGCGGUGAGCUCGGUCACCAUGCCGAAGCCUGCGCCUCGCCUCAUCGGCUAUGCUAUAACUGCAAACAGCCAAAUCACGAGUCGAACGAAUGCCCAAUGCCCCGCACUACCAAGGCGAAGCAGUGCUAUCAUUGCCAGGGUCUCGGCCACGUCCAGGCUGAAUGCCCUACCCUCCGUCUGAGCGGUGCUGGCGCGGGCAACCGGUGCUACAACUGCGAUUCCAUUGGCCACUUGGCUCGCAACUGUCCCAACCCUCCGGUCCCCGGCCUUGGCCGCGGUGCUCCUAUCCCCCGUGGCGGCUUUGCUCCCAUGCGAGGCGGUUUCGCCGGUGCUGGGCCUCGUCCGGCCACCUGCUACAAGUGCGGUGGCCCCAAUCACUUUGCUCGUGACUGCCAGGCCCAAGCCAUGAAAUGCUACGCCUGCGGUAAGCUCGGCCACAUUUCCCGCGACUGCACUUCUCCCAACGGCGGACCGCUCAACACCGCUGGCAAGACCUGCUACCAAUGCGGCGAGCCUGGCCAUAUCUCGCGCGACUGCCCUAAGAAGCCUGGCCCGAACGGCGAUUUGCAGCCCGACGUUGACAUCACCGGCGCUCCAGUCCUUCCCGCCCAAGCGGUAUCCCCCGUUGCCCCGGUUGCUUAG